GAUACAAAAAUUAAUAUAUAUAUAUAUAUAUAUUGCAUAGUUAAUAGGAACGAAAAUAUUCAAUACAAAGAGAACACUGCUGCAUUAUAACUAGAUGAUUUAAAAUAAAACAAAAAAAUUUUAAAAUGUACACCGCGAGAAUUAAAAAAAAAGAUAUUUUCACUAUAACUUAAGCAUACUUGGAAAAUUAAUCAACCAAAAAAAUUUAACAUAAAAGAAUAAUAAAAAUUAAAGAAAAAUAACAACAAAAAUAAAACAGUUAACGGAUAAUACAAAAACAAACUUUUUGAGAUAAAAAUAUGCAAAAGAAAUUUUUUUAAUAAAUACAAGUUCCCGCGUGAAGCGCAUACGAACCACUAUUCGCAUAUAAAAAGCUGAAGUUUAUUAGGAAAAAUAGACAAAAAUGACUAAAGAAAAGUUGUCAUUUAAGUUUAAAAAAGUGUUUAGUCUAGAAUAGGAAUGUGAUCUUGUCCAAAAAAGAAACAGGAUUGGGAUAUGAUAAAUAUUUAAAAGUUUAAGAGGAAUGUGUAAUGUAAAAUAUUAAUUAUAUGUGAUAUGGUGUACUUACUUUCUAUUUUAUAAAUAUAUUUAUUUAUUUUAUUUAUUUUUAUUGGUGAUGAUAAAAUUAUUUUGGGUGAAUAGUUUGGUUUUCAAAGCAUCUAUAAAUAAUGAGCUAGCCUGUACGUUGCAUUGGCAUAUCAAUUAGUUCAUAUCAAUUCUGUACACUGCAUUGCAUUGCAUUGGCAUAUCAAUCUUGCUCAUUAAAAAGUUUCUGGUAAUUCAUACAUACAAAAAAAAUCAUAUGAUUUCUAUUCACAAAGUUAAAACUGUUGAACAGAUCUGCUUUUGUUUUUAUUUAUUGUAUUCGACCUCUAGAUGACUAGAUCCUUUCCCAGAGUUUUGAUGCAGGUGUUUUUGACCAUCAUCAUGGGCCUAAUGGGCUUUUCUCCUCGCUGAUCUAAUUUCGCGGGAAGCAACGCCAGAAUUUGGCGGGAGCCGCACGUGGCUACUCUCUCUCCACUCUUCGCUCUACACCUCAUUCAUUAUCUCCGUCUUCAUAUAUUGGGCCUUAAUGGGCUUAACCUCAGUAACAUAAUCUCGCGGGAAGGAACGGGCAUAAUUUGGCGGGAAGCAACGUGCAUCUUCUCUCGAUCUCCCUCCCUCCCUCCUCUCCGCGCCCAUAUAUAAACCCUCUCUUCUUCUCCAUCACCACCGCUCCUCUCUCUCUCUCUCUCUCCUAAUCCGACACUCGUUGACUUUAACUCGAAACAAUGAGUGCAUCGGGCUCGUCUGGAUCCAUCCCGUUCAAAUCGAAGAAACGGCUGUUAGAUUCGCCUUCAUCAAAAUCGCAAACCGGAAACCCUAAUCAGCCCGCUGUACCCUUCCCCACGCCGGAGAAGCCGCCGGAGGCCAUGCACACCAGAUCCAGAAACCGAUCCGUGGCUCUAUCGGUGAAAGAGAUUCGCCAGGCCGCUGGAUCUCGUCGCAGAUCUGAAGAUACGGUUGGUAAGGCUUCAUCCGCCAGGAGCCAGCUCUUGUUUUCAUCCAAUGAUGAUUCAUCGUCUUCCGCCUCCAAACGAAAGAACACUGAUAAAGAGAAACUACCAGAGAAGUAUGAGAUUCUGGGGAAGUUCUUUGAUGCGUUAGACAGUACGAUCGUCUUAUCGAGAUUGCGUGGUUCUAAGCCGAUAUUUUCCAACAUUUCUGGGAAAAUCGAGCAUUUAACCGAAAGGAGGUUUUGUUACAGUCACUUGGCUCAGAUAAAGCAUAUAUUGCCAGAGGCAGUCGAGGUCAAGAGAGUGUUGAUACAUGAUGAAGCAACUAGCUGCAUGAAACCAGAUCUUCAUGUUACACUCAACGCCGGUGCAGUUGAGGAGAAUGGCAAUUCGAAAUCUGAAAGCAAGAAGAAGAUCUCUCUCCGGAAAGUGUUCAGGGCAAGACUUGCAGAUUUCGUUAAAUCUCAUCCUCAGGGUGAUGAAGUUCCAGAGGAGCAGCUUCCAGAGCUAUUCAAUAGAAAGAAACCAAAUGAAGAUUCAAAGGCUGAGGUUAAGAGUGCUGGUAAUCUCAUGGAAGAGAUGGCUUCUAUCCCAGCAGCUAAAUUGAUUUCAUCUUUCAUCAAAGUCCCAUCAACUCCAGUCAAUGCUAAACCUCAGAUCAGCAUUGCACCAACUGCAACUCCUGCUUUGUCUAAGAUCAACUUGGCUCCAACCCCAGUUAAAGCAGUGUCAACUCCAGCUCGUUUACCUUCAACGCCGGCUAAAAUUGACUCAACACCAGUUAAAGCACUGUCAGUUCCAGCUAGUGUACUUUCAACGCCGGCUAAAAUCGACUCAGCACCAGUUAUUGUUGCUUCAACUCCACCUGAAUGUGCCUCAACUCCUGCCAGAGUCUACAGUACAUCACUCGCAGCUCGUCUGCAGAAAAGGAGCAGCGGUGAUACAAGUCCAGAUGAUGUAUCUGCCGACCCACCGGCUAAGCUAGCGAGGCGUUCCUCGCUAAGUUCGUCAAGGUCGCUGAACUUUGAUUCUUUUACGGAGGAAGAGGAAGCUGAUAUGGAUGCGACAAAUGCUGAUGAAGACAAUGAUCAAGUGCCUGAGGAAGAUGAAUCCAGCGAUGAUGAAAUCCUCAGCAUACUUCCUGAUGAGCUUCGACAAUCGAUUAAAGAACAAGAGAGGAAAGCUAUUGAAGAUGCAAAUCCAGCAAUCUCAGAGGCAAAGAGAAGGAGAAAGAUGAUCGCUUGUCUACCUAAACUUUUCAACGUCAUCCAUUACUUGAUUCAGUCAAUAAGGCGUUGGGUGAUCACAAAAGAAGAGCUUGUGCACAAGAUCAUCGCCGGACACUCUGAUAUUACCGACAGGAAAGAAGUUGAAGAACAACUAAUCUUAAUGCAAGAGCUCGUCCCUGAAUGGAUAUCUGAGAAAAGAUCAUCAAGUGGAGAUUUACUAGUUUGCAUUAACAAGUUGGCAUCUCCCCAAACAAUCCGGUCGCAUCUUGAAGAAGAAAACAAGAAAGCUGUUGCUCCACCAUGCCCUUGAGAUUUGCAGUUCUGUCGGCUGCGUUUUGGACUUUAAAUAUUCGAGAGAGAGAGAGAGAGAGGCGUGUAGAGAUUAGGGAAUAAAGUAUUGAAGUUCAAGUUUGGAGUAGUUCAAGUAUAAGUUAAUGAAAGUGUAGUAAAAGGGUGAAAACAAUAUAAUCUUAUUUAACAAAUCUUACAGAUUUUUUGGUAAAUCAUUUUCCUUGCAACAUUUGUUGAAAUUUGUAGAGGUCAUGAAGGGGUCUAUAACAUUGCUUAAUCUACAAUUUAACAAAUCUUACAGAAUUAGGUUAAUCAUUCUUCUUGUUCAUCAUUGUUUAAAUUUGGUGUAGAUCAUGAAGAGAUUUAAUAACAAUGCUUUUUUAUCUUCA